UCCUCUGGUCUCUGAGUCUGGUUCGUCAGACGGAGCGAGAACAGCAGCUGAAGAAGUUUCCUGCAUCAUGAGACUCACUGUGUUCCCGCUCCUUAUGGCUCUGGUGGUCGACGUUCAGCUGCUGUCUUUGUCAGACAUGUACGGCAGCCUGCAGUCUCCAAACUUCCCAGAGCCGUACCCCCGAGAGACGGAGCUGCGCUGGAAUGUCAGUGUUCCCAGGGGCUUCCAAAUCAAACUCUAUUUUAGCCACUUUGACCUGGAGCCGUCCUACCUGUGUGAGUACGACUUCGUCAAGGUGGAGGCGGAGGGGGAGGUGCUGGCCUUGUUCUGUGGGAAGGAGGAGACGGACUCGGAGGUGGUGCCGGCGCAGCAGGUCAUCACCUCCCCCAGGAACUCCCUGAGUGUCCUCUUCUCCUCCGACUUCUCCAAUGAAGAGAGAUACUCUGGCUUCAUGGCUCACUACAGUGCUGUGGACGUAGACGAGUGCAGCGAUCGCACAGACGAAGAUCUGCUCUGUGAUCAUUUCUGUCACAACUACAUUGGAGGAUACUACUGCUCCUGUCGCUAUGGUUACCUGCUGCACACUGACAACCGCACCUGCAGAGUGGAGUGUAGUGACAGUGUAUUCCGGGAACGUUCUGGUGUUCUGGGCAGUGUCGAUUUUCCCGCUCCGUAUCCAAAGAGCUCCGAUUGUUCCUAUCGUAUCGAGGUGGAGCCAGGCUUUAAGCUCCGCCUCGAAUUUGACCCCACCUUCGACGUGGAGGAUCACCCCGACGUCAGCUGCCCCUACGACUAUGUGAAGAUUACAGCAGGCAGUAGUGAGCUCGGCCCGUUCUGUGGAGAUCAGUCUCCAGGACUCAUUGAGACCGACAGCAACGUCGUCACCGUGUUCUUCCACAGCGACAACUCCGGAGAGAACCUGGGCUGGAGGGUCACAUACACUGCUACAGGAAGUCAAUGUCCAUUACCUGAGAUCCCCCCAAAUGCCCUCAUAAACCCUGUCCAAUCCGAAUACUCCUUCAAAGACCACAUUCUGUUCACCUGUGAGUCUGGAUACAGACUGCUGAAGGACGGUGAGGAGCUGGAUCAUUAUCAGGUGGACUGUCAGUCUGAUGGAUCGUGGAGCAGCAGUCCUCCCCAUUGUCAAAUGGUGGAUUGUGGGAGUCCAAAGGUGGUUGAGAUGGCUGACGUGGUGUUUGGUAACCAUGACAACAGCACACUGUUUGGAUCGACUGUCCACUACAUCUGCAGAGGGGACACGUUUCACCUGAACACCAGCAACAGUUCCUAUAGCUGUCAUCAGAAUGGAGAAUGGAUUAAUUCAGAAGCAGGACCCAAACUGCCGAGCUGUCUGCCAGCCUGCGGCCGCCCGUCCCGCUCUCUCCCCACUCAGGUGAAGCGGAUCGUGGGUGGUCGGACAGCCGAGCCCGGCCUGUUCCCCUGGCACGUUCUGCUAAGUGUGGAGGAUCUGUCCCGGGUCCCAGAGGACCGUUGGUUUGGCUCUGGAGCCCUGUUGUCUGAGUCCUGGGUCCUCACGGCAGCCCACGUCAUGAGGUCCCAGAGGAGGGACACCAGCGUUGUCCCUGUGGCCCCCGAACAUGUAAAGGUCUUCCUCGGUCUCCAUGACGCCCGGGACAAACGUCUGGCCACUAGCCACUCGGUGGAGGAGAUCUUCAUCCAUCCAGACUUCCAACCCAACAACUACAACAAUGACAUUGCCCUGCUGAAGCUGAGGCAGCGGGUCGAGUUCAACGAGAUCAUCCGUCCAGUCUGUGUCCCACCACCCCACAGCAAGGAUGACCCCUCCACCCCUGUCCCUAACUCUCUGGGUGUAGUUGCGGGUUGGGGGAUCUCUAAUCCCAAUGCCUCCUCCUCCAGUGACCCCCCCUCACUGACCUCUGACCUUGGGGUAACCUCUGACCUCCUGCAGUAUGUGAAGCUGCCGGUGGUUUCUCAGGACGAGUGUCGGGCGAGCUACACUUCGCGCUCCGUCAGCUAUAACAUCACUGACAACAUGUUCUGUGCCGGUUUCUUCGAGGGGGGGAGGGACACCUGCCUGGGGGACAGUGGGGGGGCGUUUGUGAUGGAGGACGAGGUCAGCCGCAGGUGGGUGGUGUUUGGGUUGGUGUCCUGGGGGGGGCCUGAGGAGUGCGGGAGCCAGAGGGUGUAUGGCGUCUACACCCGAGUGGUUAAAUAUGUGGAGUGGAUACAGAACCACCUUCAGACUGCCCCCUGGUGGUGAGACGCUCAGAACAGCACAGCUGGGACCGAAUGAGACCACACAUCCUCUGGUCGUCAGUCCGUCCACAUGUGUCUGUCUGCAACCCCCCCCCCGCUGGUUGCUUCACUCUCCUCUGCCUUCGACCUUUGGCCAGCCAAUCCAGCUGUGCUGCAGCUGUGUGACACAGCCUUCAGACUGAAUGUGAAACUACAUUCUGCUCUGCUUCAUCUGCAUGAACCUGAACACAACAGUGUGAACCAACUGAGCUCAGGAUACAUUUACAGCACAGUGUCUAUCCUUCAACAAAAAGCCCCGCCCAUCCUUUCUAAAGAUGCAGGGCACUGUUAAGCAGAGAUGCUCUUAUGGGGCUAGAUCGGUAACAUUAAAGUUAAAGGAGCGUGUGAUUUAUUUACCUUCAGAAGCCUGACAGAAGCAGACUUACCUGCAGUUUGGGAGUUGCAGGUGAACUUGUGGAAACCAUUGGAUCCAGGUUUGAAUGUAAAUAAAUCACUAUAACCCCAUAUAUAUUUACUGUCUAACAUAUUUACACAUGCUUUACUACUUUUAAUGCAGCUUUACUCCAGCCUCAGUGUGCACUGUGCUACUGUCUAAUGUGGGAAAAUGAAUAGAAUGAAUAAUGAAAAGAAAAUGUAAGAGAUUAAUCUGUGAUCAGACUCAGAUUCAGAUGGUGUUAGAGCUGAACACUCCUCUCUCUUCUACGACUGCUCAUUUGACAGAUUUCUUUGUUCAGAAAAACACGUUCAUAUUUGUACAAUCAGGUUUAAGCCAGAGCUGAUCCUGAUCCUGAUCCUGAUCCUGGUUUUGCCACAGGGUAAACGUUCCUUCAUUUAUAACCAAACUCAGUUCUUGGUUCUCUGUGAAUGAACAAAGAUACUGUUACUUUCUCACCAAAGACCUGGACUGAAACACACAGUUACACCCAGAAUGCUUUGUUCCAUCCUCUGCUAGCUGCUGAUGGUUUCACCUCACUGCCUGUAAACCAGGUUCCUGUAUCCGUCCAACUACAGCUCAGAUUGUUCAUGUGUUUGUUCCUUUUCUCCAGAGGAUGAUCUCUGUCCAUUUCAGGAUCUUUCCUCUAGCACCUCCUUCAGGACAAACCUGACUCCACUGAUCUUCAGGCUGUUGUCUAUAAUGAUCUGCAGCCUGUAGGGGGCGCUAACAGGACUACAGCCUGUUUUUAAUCCAAACUGCAUGAAACUGGAUUAAGUAGACUCAGAUCCAGAAGAGACAUGAUCCAGACACUGUGGUUUAGAUGUUUCCUCUGGACUUAAUGUUCUUGUAUUAAAGAUGUGUUAUUAUAUCUCUGCACUCAUAUGUAUGGUUAUCACAGUCACACUGUUUUUUAUAUAUUGAUUUUGCACUGAAAUAAACACUUUGGGCAAAGAGAUGUCUCAUGUCUCAUGAUGUCUCAGAUUUAUUUACAGUGUAUCAAAUACAGAGUAUUUCACUGUGAGACAAACAUGUAACCUUGGAAACAAACACUUCACAGUAAGCUGUUAUGAAUUGAUUGUGAACUAAUUUUCUCAUAUUCUGCUCUGACACAUUUAACAAAUUAACACAAUGACUUUAAGAAAUUACCACAUUGACCUAAACCAUGUGUAAAACCUGCUGGUGAAGAUCAGGAUCUGACCUGGUCCUCUGGUUACGUGACGUCACAUUCAUGGAUCAAACAUAAUAAAUUCAUUUCAGCUCAACAGGAAACAGAGAGAGGUCAUUCCUUCAUCAGUUCCUUCUUAGUUUUAGGCCUGUGCAGAACUCAGGGUGAACCCAGCGCCAUAACUACUGAGCAGACCAGGGGCCUCAUUUAUAACUGUUGCGUACGCACAAAACCGGGCCUGAAAGAUGCGUUCCACUUCCUGCGUUCAAUAAUGCCUGCAGUUCUGGGUGGGAUUAUUAAAAUGAGUAGUCGAUACAUCAAGUUCCCUUUCACUGUGGGAGAACAGCCCCACAUCAAAAGGCAAUUAGCAGCAAUGUCUGGUUUCCUAAAUGUAAUUGGAGCAAUUGACUGCACUCAUAUUGCUAUACAGGCUCCAUCUGAAAACAAAUUUGUUUAUGUGAAUAGAAAACACGUGCAGUCAAUAAAUGUCCAAGUCAUAUGUGACUCUAACUGACAGAUGUGGUAGCAGCUGGCUCAACUCGUGACUCUUUUAUCCUGGCACACAGCGGUGAGGGAAUAGACUACAAGCGGGUGCUGUGCGUGAUGGCUGUUAAUAAAACAAUGUAUGAUAGUAAUUCUAAUUCAAGAUGUACAAUUACUCUGUUUUAACCUGCAGGUGACAGUGGUUGCCUCCCCAGGUGCUGGCUCCUCACCCCACUCCAUGGUGUUUUCAACUUUGUGCGCACGUACACUUUUACUAGAAAUCCUAUGCACUGUUUUAUAAACGAGGCCCCAGGUGUGUUCACUUGCAGGAGCAGGUGGGACGUACACUAUGAGACACACACACAUAUAAACAAACACACACACACACACACACACACACACACACACACACACACACACACACACACACACAUAC